UCCUUCAUUCUCCUGCGUGUUGCAUUAUGACCCAGUCUAUCCUGAAAUAGACAUAGGGUAAGCCAGAGUAUAUAAGAGGCUUGGUGGAUCCCCAUCUCUCACCUCUGGCUCUCUCUCUCUCCAAGUCUCUCUUCCCACCAGCUUUCCCUUCACGGAGUUGACAAGAUGGCCAUGAAAAACCUUUUGAAAGAAGAUGAUAUCAAGAAAGCCCUUGAUCAAUUCAAAGCUGUGGACAGCUUCGACCACAAGAAGUUCUUUGACGUGGUGGGACUGAAGGCUCUGUCUGCUGAUAACGUGAAGUUGGUCUUCCAAGCUCUGGACGUGGACGCCAGUGGCUUCAUCGAGGAGGAGGAGCUAAAGUUUGUGCUGAAGGGCUUUUCUGCAGAUGGCAGAGAUCUCACUGAUAAGGAGACCAAAGCAUUCCUCACUGCUGCCGACAAGGAUGGAGAUGGAAAAAUUGGCAUAGAUGAAUUUGAAGCUUUGGUGCACGAGUAAAUCGUCAAUAUUUGGCAACCCUUUACACCACUACUCUCCUGUGAAAACCUACAGCCAAUCAUAGUGUACGUCUCUACACAUCCUGCCAUGAGCCAGGAGCAGAACCGCCUCCUUUAACCCAGUUUAUUUAUAUAACUUUUCUUUUUUACAAUCUCUGUAUAUUUUAGUUAGCUAACCAUGUCUCACAUAAAAACCUAGAUAUUCCUGUACUGCUUUAACCCCCCAUCUUUUCUUUUUUGUCUAUUUUGGCACAUUUCUCUGUUUAUGCCUCAAAAUGCUCUUUUCUUCUUCUUAUCUCACUCCAUCUGUCAUCCUUACCCAUUUUCGCUCCUCUCUUGUGAUAGAGCCACUGAACACGAUGAAUACAUGAGGAGAUGGAUGAGACGAAAUGAGAGAAAAAUAUUUAAGAAAGAUUCAAAUAAAGCCAUGCGUUGAGAAAAAA